CAGGUCCCUUUUCAGUCGACACACACAACCCUUUACAAUGGGUUUUAUAUCGUUCAAAAUUAAAUUGCUAUUGAUUUUGUUUUAUAUUUUUGAUAAAACCAGCGGAUUAUCUGUAGGCGUGCUAUUGGGAGAUUACCCGUCACAGGAACAACGACUUUUGAACAGCACGAUAUCGAAGAAAUUCGCCAAAGGAGAGCUGAUAUUUUCCGCGAACGUGCAGCAUGUUUCUGAAUUUGAUAGCUUCGGAGCGAGCGAGACGCUAUGCGAAGUGCUAAGUUCGAACUCCGGCGUGAUGGCCGUAUUCGGACCGAAAUACACCCCCGCGACGACGAUAUUGGAGUCGAUAUGUUUGGAAUUCGAAAUACCGUACAUUUCGUACUCGUGGCGACCGAGGGCCGAAAGGGACAGAGGGUUCUUCAUGAACUUCUUUCCGGAGACCGAUUUGUACGCGAACGCCCUCGGGGAGAUCGUCAGGAGCUUCGGCUGGAAGAGUUUCGCGGUGAUUUACGAAAAAGACGAGACGCUGUUGAAGUUGAAGAACAUCUUGAACUUCCACCAAUACAACGAGAAGGACAAGCGGAAUAAGAUCGCUUUCGAGAAAUUGGGUCCGGGACCGGAUCAUUCGGACUUGUUCAGGAAGAUCGAGAGAUCAAUGCAAACUAACAUAAUUUUGGACUGUAAAACGGAACUUAUAAUACCGCUACUACAACAAGCCAGCGAAGCGAAUCUUCUGAAUGUGUACAAUAACUAUUUCUUAUUAGAUUUGGACGCUUUAACACUAGAUUAUUCGGAUCUAAACACCACCGCGAAUAUUACAACAAUUCGACUAUUCGACGACAACGAUGAAUCUUUCAAAGAAUCCGCCAGAAGAAUCGGAUUAGCGGAGCUCAUUCACCACAGGAAAUUAAAAACCGAUAUUGCUCUGUUUUACGAUGCCCUUUGGUACUUCCACGAUACAAUGAAAACCACACAAAUGCUUUUUACUGAUCCUAUCUACUGCAAUGGAACGAAGAAAUUCAAAAAAGGACUCGAGUUGUCUUUGGCUAUGAAAAACAGAUUCUUCUUUACCAAUCUAACCAAUCUAACUGGUCCUAUUCUAUUUGACGUGCAAGGCAGCAGGAUAGAUUUCAACAUCAUCAUUGUAGAUGUUCUGGCGGACAAAAAAAUCGCCACUUGGUUCGAACAAAACCAAACCUUAAUAACAAAUGCCGAAUUCGAUGAAUCCAUUACCGUGGUGAAUAAUUUACAAUCCACCACUGUUAUUGUAUCGUCGAAACUCGGAGCUCCUUACUUAAUGCUCGCCGAGCCAGAGGAUGGAAAAGUGCUCGAAGGUAACGAACGAUACGUCGGCUAUUCCAUGGAUUUGAUAGCGGAAAUCGCGAAAAUCGUCGGAUUUAAAUUCGAAUUUCGCCUCGCCGAAGACGGUUCUUACGGCAGGUACGAGGUAUUCGAAGACAAAUGGACCGGAAUCAUGGGGGAUCUCACGGAAAAUAGAGCUCACUUGGGAAUUUGCGAUUUGACUAUUACAGAAGAAAGAGAGGACGCAGUUGAUUUCAGUUUACCUUUCAUGGAAUUAGGUAUAAGCAUCUUAUUUACAACCACAGAUUAUUUCGAAUCGAAUAGUUUUCUCUUUUUAAUCGGAUUCGAACAAUCCCUUUGGAUGACCAUAGUAUACUGUUAUAUUGCAAUUUCAGUUUGUUUGUAUAUCGUAUUGAGAUUAUCACCCGACGAUUGGGAGAGAAAAUACCCUUGCGAUGAACUAGACGAAACGUUGGUCAAUAGAUGGAAUCUCAAGAACUCCUUAAUGCUUACACUAAAAGCUCUAACAAUGCAAGGAAGCGAUGCUGUUCCAAAAGGAAAAUCCGCUCGACUAGCCAUCAGCAUGUGGUGGCUAUUCUCCUUAAUUCUAACCAGCUAUUACAUAGCCAAUAUAGCUCUUAUUGCUAAUUUGACCAGCCAGGAAUCAGCCAUUAACAACGUAGAAGAUCUUGCAGCUCAAUCGCAAAUCAAGUACGGAAUGGUAAUGGGAGGAUCUACCCAAGAAUUUUUUAAGAAUUCCAAUACGACUGUAUACCAGAAAAUGUGGAACUCCAUAGAGCACCUACCGAGCGUUUUCACUAAAACUACCCAAGAGGGCAUCGAGAAAGUAUUGGAGUCCAAUGGUCAGUACGUUUUCUUCAUGGAAUCCACUACAUUAGACUAUGCGUUAGAGAGGAAUUGCAAAUUGAAGCAAAUUGGCGGUUUGUUGGAUUUGAAGCAUUACGGCAUCGCCAUGCCUCAAAAUGCUCCUUAUAGAUCCACAAUAAACCGGGCUAUUUUGAAAUUGCAAGAAGACGGAGUGUUGGCUGAACUCAAAAAAAAAUGGUGGUCAGUGGAUGAAGAAGAGACUUGCGAUAGGACGGUGGAUUCUUCUGGGCAAUUACUACCGGAAAAUAUCGCUGGUUUGUUUAUUAUUCUCGCCGUGGGAAUUAUUACCGCAUUGUCCGCUGCGCUGUUUGAGUUCCUUUGGAACGUAAAAAGAGUAGCUAAAUUAGAAGGUAUCACGUUUUGCGAAGCUUUAGGUGAUGAAUCCAAAAUGGUCUGCUCUAUUUGGACAAACAGAAGAAAAUUGCAGUAAAUAAUUGGUACACUGCACUUAUUAACAUAUAGCGAAUAUUCGAGUCAAAAAUCGUUGUAAAUGUAGGUACACUUUCUAGUACAAAUUUUACCACAACAGAAAUUGCCAAAUUCAACCAACACAAAAACAAUAGGUGAAUUAAAAAAGUUUCCUCGGUUCAGAACGAUACCAACAUGUCGAAAUAUUCGAAAUAUGUUCCAUGUUUGAAUUGCUCUCAAAGCCAGAAACACGUUAUAAAAAACAGGCAAAUUUAAAACGAUACAGGAACUGAGUUUUAUAAUUUAAAGCGAAAAAUCAGAGUUUUCCUGUAGCUUAAAUAAAUAAAAAUAUAUAUAAAUUUAUAGCGGAA